AUGACUCUCAGAAGAUGUCACGUCUGGUUGAUCUGUUUGUUUCUGAGCGCUUCGGCUCUCACUCCAGACGGAGAGGUGGAGGAUGAGACCGUGUUUGACCUCUUUGAAGCCAGUGGCAUCUCCCGAAAGACCAUUGGUGUAAAGCUUUUCAAAGGCCUAGAUCCGGACGCGCCAGCGUACCGCUUCAUCCGUUUUGACCAGCUUCCCUCCGUCAGCCCCGCAGCGCUACAACAGCUGCUUCAGCAAAUCCAAAACAACGAAGGUUUCAUCUUAAUAGCCACGCUGCGUCAGGACCGUACGUCCCGUGGCACUAUUCUGUCUCUAGAAGGCCCUGGACAACGGCGGCAAUUUGAAGUCGUUUCAGAUGGACGCACAAACACCCUGGAUUUGGUUUACUGGUGGGCGGACGGCUCACGCAAUGUGAUUUCGUUCGAGGACGUUGACCUGUCAGACUCACAGUGGAAGAAUGUCACGCUCCACGUACACGGUGAGACAACGACACUGUACGUGGGCUGCAGGUUGAUUGACAGCUUUAUUCUGGACGAACCGUUUUAUGAAUACCUGAGCGCCGCUGGAGGGCGCAUGUUUGUUGCCAAGGGCGACACACGAGAAAAUCAUUUCAGGGGUUUGCUGCAGAAUGUGCAGUUUAUCUUCGACACUCCACUUGAGGAUAUCCUGGAGUAUCGUGGAUGUGAUCUUUCAAAUCCAGAAGAGGAGAACAUUGUGAGUGAAAGUACCGAGGUAGUGGACGUGACCUCCUCCUCCAUCUCCACCAAUGUGAUUGGCCCGAACACGGACCCUCCUGCCACCAGCUCCUCAGAGGUCAUGUGUGAACGUUCUUGCGAGGAGCUCAAUAACCUCUUUCAGGAACUGAAGGGCCUCCGCGUUGUCGUCAGCAACCUCAUCGAUGGACUCCAGAAAGUGACAGAGGAGAACUCGGUGAUGCGCGACGCACUGAACCAGCUGCAGAACCCUGCGGAGCAGAGCCUGUGCUGGCACGAUGGCAGAUUGUUUGAGGAUAAGGAGGACUGGAUCGUCGAUAGCUGCACCAAGUGCACCUGUCAGGAGGGAAAGGUGGUGUGUCGUCAGAUCACAUGCCCUGCAGUGGCCUGUGCCAACCCGUCCUUCAUUGACGGGGAGUGUUGUCCAGUCUGCCUUCCUCUGCCCGACAAUGAGGACGGCUGGUCUCCGUGGUCAGAGUGGACUCAGUGCACAGUGACGUGCGGAAGCGGGACGCAGCAGCGUGGUCGUUCCUGUGACGACAGCAGUAACACGUGCUCCGGACCCUCCAUCCAGACCCGCAAAUGCAGCCUGGCAAAAUGCGACAGACGAGUUCGACAGGAUGGCGGCUGGAGUCUGUGGUCUCCCUGGUCCUCCUGCUCAGUGACGUGCGGGGAGGGGUUGAUCACCCGAAUCCGUCACUGUAAUUCCCCUGUCCCUCAGAGAGGAGGCAAAGACUGCCAGGGUGAAGGGAGAGAGACACAAAGCUGCCAGGCUGAGCCCUGCCCUAUUGACGGCGGUUGGGGCCCCUGGUCGCCGUGGGCGACUUGCUCGGCAACAUGCGGAGGGGGCCUGAAGAGUCGUACCAGAGAGUGUAACAGCCCCGCCCCAGAACACGGCGGCAGGAAGUGCAUGGGAGACGCCAUCGAAAAUGAAGUCUGUAACAAACAGGACUGCCCCAUUGAUGGCUGUCUGUCCAACCCCUGCUUUGGUGGAGUGGAGUGUAGCACAGAUGCCGAUGGCUCAUGGGAGUGUGGGCCUUGCCCUCAGGGUUACCGUGGAAAUGGCACCACCUGUGAGGAUGUCAAUGAGUGUGAUAUGGUGUCAGAUCUCUGUCAUAAAGUAGGAGGGGUCCAGCAGUGCGUGAACACAGACCCAGGAUUCCACUGUCUUCCCUGUCCUCCACGAUACAAGGGCCCCCAGCCUUACGGCAUGGGAGUGGAGGCAGCUAAGCGCAACAAACAGGUGUGUGAGCCGUACAAUCCCUGUAAGGAUAACAGUCACAGCUGCCACAAAUAUGCACAGUGCAUCUUCCUCAGUCACUUCACCGACCCCAUGUACAGGUGUGAGUGUCGUAUCGGCUACGCCGGCGACGGUAUCGUCUGUGGAGAGGACUUUGACUUGGACGGCUGGCCCAAUCAAGACCUGGCAUGCAGAGCAAAUGCCACCUACCACUGCAAAAAGGACAACUGUCCCAAUCUACCAAACUCAGGUCAGGAGGACUUUGACAACGAUGGGCAGGGUGAUGCUUGCGAUAAAGACGAUGAUAAUGACGACAUUGUGGAUGAGAGGGAUAACUGCCCGCUACAGUAUAAUCCUCGCCAGUAUGACUACGAUAAAGACGAUGUUGGCGACCGCUGUGAUAACUGCCCGUACGAGCAUAAUCCCUCACAGACCGACACGGACAACAAUGGAGAAGGAGACGCCUGUGCCAUCGACAAAGACGGAGAUGAGAUUCUGGACGACAGGGAUAACUGUCCGCUCAUUUAUAACACGGAUCAGAAGGACACCGACUUGGAUGGAGUGGGUGACCAGUGUGAUAACUGUCCUCUAAUUCACAACCCACAGCAGACUGAUUCAGACAAUGACCUGGUUGGGGAUCAGUGUGACAAUAAUCAGGAUAUUGAUGAGGACGGUCACCAGAACAACAUGGACAACUGUCCGUACAUUGCCAACGCCAACCAAGCUGACCAUGACAACGACGGCAAAGGGGACGCCUGUGACCAUGACGACGACAACGAUGGCAUACCUGACGACCGGGACAACUGUCGACUGGUGCCCAACACAGACCAGGUGGAUGCUGAUGGUGAUGGCCGGGGUGAUGCCUGUAAGGAUGACUUUGACAACGACAGCAUUCCCGACAUCUUUGAUGCCUGCCCGGAGAACAGCGCCAUCAGUGUCACAGACUUCAGAAAGUUCCAGAUGGUUCACCUGGAUCCAAAGGGAACCACACAGAUCGACCCUAACUGGGUCGUUCGAAACCAGGGCAAAGAGCUGGUACAGACAGCCAACUCUGAUCCUGGCAUAGCAGUUGGUUUUGAUGAGUUCAGUUCGGUUGACUUCAGUGGUACGUUCUAUGUGAACACCGACCGAGAUGAUGACUACGCUGGCUUUGUGUUUGGAUAUCAGUCCAGCCGGCGGUUCUACGUAGUCAUGUGGAAGCAGAUCACACAGACUUACUGGGAGGACAAACCCUCAAAAGCCUUUGGCAUUUCUGGGGUGUCCCUCAAAGUGGUCAACUCCACUACUGGCACAGGGGAGAACCUCCGCAAUGCCCUGUGGCACACGGGCAAUACAAAAAAUCAGGUCCGGACCCUUUGGCACGACCCUAAAAACAUUGGCUGGAAGGACUACACUGCAUACCGCUGGCAUCUAAUACACAGACCUAAGACUGGCUUCAUCAGGGUUGUAGUUUAUGAGGGGAAGCAGAUUAUGGCUGACUCAGGGCCUAUCUACGAUAAGACAAUUGCUGGAGGGAGACUGGGCCUGUUCGUCUUCUCACAAGAGCUCGUCUACUUCUCCGACCUCAAAUACGAAUGCAGAGCCUUGGCAAUACCACAUUGA